AUGUUCAGCCGGGGUUGCGGGGUAAGCGCAAUGAGGUACCGCGACCUCGGCACAGAGCAGGAGAAGGAACAGGGGGCAGCAGCCAACAAGAAGCCUUGGAGAUAUCAGCCGGAACCGGAAUUUUGGAGGGACCAACCCAGAUUAUGGUUUAAGCAACUAGAAGCCAUAGUAGCACCACAGAAGCAAGGAGACGAUUACAAGUACUAUACGGCCAUUGCAAAACUGCCAAAAGAAGAAAUAAUACAGGUUAGUGACCUCAUUACUUGCCCACCGCCAAUAGAAAAGUACAAGGCUAUCAAAGAACGCCUAAUCAGUUGCUAUGAGGAAUCAGACCAACGUCAGCUCCAAAAAUUAUUGUCUGAAAUGGAUCUCGGCGACCAGAAACCAUCACAUCUUCUGCGCAAGAUGCGGACCCUGAGUAACGGAAAUAUCAGCGACGAAACCAUCAAACUUCUAUGGUUGAGGCUUCUGCCACCAUCAGUUACUUCGGUUCUAGCAGUCACAGAAGACAUAGAUGUGAACAAGAUGAGCCAGAUCGCGGACAAGAUAUUAAUAAAUUCAACACGUACAGAGGUGUCAGCUGUAAACGGAAACAAAUCUGGCGACGAUACAAUGUCAUGCAUACUAGCACAGUUAGCAGAAAUGCAAUUGGAACUAAAUGCAAUUCAGCAAGGUGUCGAAAGUCAAGGGUCGUUGGACCGAUCUUCAAGUUUAACCCGGUUCGUCGCCAUAUUUAGGUUAGGUCGACGGAUGUCGUUUAAGGUGAUAGACUUCGGCAGCUCUUGUUAUGAGCACCAGCGGGUGUACACGUAUAUCCAAUCGAGGUUCUACAGGGCGCCCGAGGUGAUGAUGGGCGCCAGGUAUGGCAUGCCCAUCGACAUGUGGUCCUUAGGGUGCAUACUGGCGGAGCUACUUACAGGGUUCCCGUUACUCCCAGGCGAGGAUGAGGCGGAUCAGAUGGCGUGCAUCAUUGAGUUACUGGGCAUGCCGCCGCAGAAGCUAAUCGAACAGGGCAAACGUUCGAAGAACUUCAUCAGCAGCAAAGGUCUUCCUCGGUACUGUACGGCUACCACGCUAGCUGACGGUACCACCGUUCUUAGUGGAGGAAUGUCAAGGAGAGGCAAGCCCAGAGGUCCUCCAGGGUCAAAAAGUUUUGUCACCGCUCUCAAGGGGUGCCAAGACAAAUUCUUUAUUGAUUUUAUAAGAAGGUGCCUGGAGUGGGACCCCGAGAAGCGGCUGACGCCUGCGCAGGCGCUGCGACACGCGUGGUUGCGCAGACGCCUGCCUCGGCCGCCGCACGACGAGGAGGCUGCGCCCGCGCUGCUCCCCCUCCCCCACUCCUUGCCCGCCAACCACACAAGCGGUGGGUGCGUGGGUGGCGCGGGGGCGGGCGCGGGCGGGUCGGGGGGCGCACGCGGCGGCUCGCUGCGCACGCCUCUCGCUCGCACGCCCGUCACCUUCAACGCCUCGCAAGUCGCCAAAGCGAAACUGCAGGCGGCCCUGUCGGAAGAAAGCGGCGGUGGUAGCACGACCAGUGGCGUUAGCGGCGUGAGCGCGGUGAGCGCAGUAAGCGGCGUGAGCGGCGUUAGUGGCGUGAGCGGUGGCGGCGCGCAUGGCAUGGCGCGCUACUGGGGCGCCAAGCUGCCGCACCUGGGCGCGGCGUCCUAG